AAAAAAAAAAAAAACACCAUGCUACAAACUUAGUACCAUCGCCUCGCCGAGCUGUCGGUUGGUUAUUCCGUGAUUUGCUCGAACUAUCUGCCCGACAGCUUGUCCUUUCCGUUAUCAUCGCUCCUCUCGCUCUACAUGUUCCGCUCUUUCCUCUUUCCCUAUCUUCACGCUCACAGUCACAAAUGCGGUUUGGCUUUGGUUAAUGCGCUUCUGUAUUCUUUUUGUCUUUUAGGCUCGUCUCUCGAAGCAUGCCCUUUUAAUUGAUUGUGAGACUGAGCUUGUCUGCUUCCCCCCUCUCUCAUUUUUUGUGUCCCUUUCUGCUUCUGAUGCAGCGCUUCUCUCGUUCUUCUCUUCUCUAGGGUUUUUGAGAAGCGAACCCCAUUUUGAUUUCUCAGAGAGAGAGGGAGAGAGAGAGAGAGUGAAUACUGUGUAGCUGUAAAAUGUUCAAUUUCUUAGUAAGGAAAGAUGUCAGGAAGAUUCUUAAACGCAAGGAUAGUGAUGCUGGCGAAAAAGUACAAUUGGAACUGUAAUUUUUGAAACUACUCUGCCUCGGCCACGAAGGGUUUCUUCAGAUUUUUUAUCUGGAAUAAUAUUGCGAAUUCGUCACUGAAGCUUUUGGGAAAAGCUCUGGAAGAAUUGCGAGCUUCUCUUUUUAAUGAAUUGCGAUUGUCUGAAGGAGCAAGGCGUCAACGGCAAUGUAGAUGUGGCCCCAUUGCUGCCCUUACCUUCAAUUUUGUGGUUGCUGUUGGUAUUAUUUUCAUGAAUAAAUUGGUGCUUAAUCAAGUGAAAUUCAAGUUCCCUAUCUUUCUCACUUUUAUUCACUAUGUUAUAAGCUGGUUAUUAAUGGCUGUGCUAAAAGCCUUUUCCAUCCUCCCUGCAUCUCCUUCCUCAAAACUGACACGGUCGUCUACUUUAAUUGCUCUGGGCACCGUUAUGUCUCUAUCUACUGGGCUUGCUAAUGUCAGCUUAAAAUACAACAGUGUGGGAUUUUAUCAGAUGUCUAAGAUCGCUGUAACACCGUCAAUUGUUCUGGCAGAAUUCAUUUUGUAUAAGAAGAGAGUUUCUUGCUCCAAGGUACUUGCACUUACAGUUGUAUCUAUUGGUGUGGCUGUGGCUACGGUCACUGAUCUCCAAUUUGACCUCUUCGGUGCGUGUAUAGCAUUGGCAUGGAUAGUACCUAGUGCAGUCAACAAGAUCCUCUGGUCCAGUUUGCAGCAGCAGGAGAAUUGGACAGCCUUGGCCUUGAUGUGGAAGACAACACCGAUCACCCUGUUAUUUCUGGUUGCUUUGAUUCCUCUGUUAGAUCCACCUGGUGCUCUCUCAUUUGAUUGGAAUUUUAAUAGCACAUUGGCUAUUCUCACAUCAGCAGUUCUUGGCUUCUUGCUUCAAUGGUCAGGUGCUCUAGCACUUGGGGCUACAUCUGCCAUCACCCAUGUUGUUCUUGGGCAGUUCAAAACAUGUGUUCUUCUUCUAGGAAACUACUAUCUCUUUGGUUCAAAUCAAGGAAACACUAGUAUUUGUGGAGCAUUCACUGCAAUUGCUGGUAUGUCUUAUUACACUUACCUUAACAUGAAGCAGAAAUCAAGCAAAACAUCUUCUCGACAAGCCUCCUCCUUACCUAUAUCCAGGCUGAGCAAAGAAAAUGGCAGCGUAAAUGAUGGAAACUAUGGUGGGGAAUCAGUCAAACAAGAUACCUAAACUUUUGAUAUGAAGAUUAAUGAGAAAGAUGAAAUUCUUGGGAAACUUGAGUUACAUUAAUUCAACUUGAGAUGACUUCUCCAAUUUCAACAAUUUUCUGAGCUCAGAGAAGUAGAGCUCUCUGUCACAUGUCAUUGUUUAUAGACGACGGGUUUGCUACAGUUAACAUUAGAAUAUUGUAAUACCUUUUCCAUGAGGGGCUUGUGCAGAUCAUGUGGAGUAAUUUGCUAAUCUCCUGACUGCAAACUGAACACUGUAUAUACAUGAAUGAUUUUAGAAUUCUUUACCUGAAUACAAUUUUAUUCGGCUUU